UGCAAGCGACGCGAAAAUAUUUCGCGGCAACUCAAUUUGCUACAAAAAGGUUUCGUUGUGCAAUUUGCUAAGAGGAUUAAUGGACGCGAGACGAACGUGUACUUUACAUUAACCGUUAGCUGUGAGAGCGACAUCAGCUGAUGCAAUACAAACUUGUACGCUUUACGAUCUCGCCGUUGAAAGAAGCGCACAGAAACAAGGCCCGAACACGCAGGCAAUGAAGAAGCACAAUGAGUUGCGCUAAUAUAAUACAAACACAUCACAUGCUUGCGUCGUCGACUACACACAAUUGUAGUUAAACAUCACGCGCUUGUCCACUCAAAUUCGCCUUUGUUUCUCGGAGAAUAAGACGCUCAAUUCGACCAUGUUCUCACUGCAGCAUCUGAUCAAGAAGACGAGUGGAAGCGGCGUGGGUGGUGGUGCCGCUGCUGAUCUCUGCAAGUUCCUCAGUCAGCUGAACAGCGGGCUGACGUUAUCAUCAGCUGAAGCUACAGCGACAGAAAAGCAGCAGUCGAGCGAAUUCAACUUCAGCGACGACACUGUCAGUCGCAAUUCGCCCCUGACAGCGCACGGUUGCUGUUCGUACGCAUCGAAAUCGGAGUCGGCGCACGUCGUUCAUUUAUCAAAGCAAUUUGUACGCAGUUUGCUACAGCAGCACACUCACGCUCACGGCAUACAGCGUCACAUAUCCUCCAAAUCGUCCUCCUCCUCGUCGUCACAACAGACAACCAUCAAAUUUGCCAUGUCCUCCUUGGCAGCGGAGCCUCUCCAGGCGGAAAUUAUCACCAGCAAUAGCAGAGAUGACAGCAGCGGAAUCACAGCUGCUGCCGUAGCCGCUGCUGCCGUCGUCGAUGGCGCUGCAAGCGAGGGAAACGCCUCCUGCCACGAGGCUGCCUCAAACAAUGCGGCAGGCAAGAAGCCCUGCUUCAGCACCGGCCUCGCUGACAUCCUCCAAUUCAUGGAGCUCAUUGGAAACCUCAAGCACACCAAACGCACUGGGUGGGUGCUGCGGGAUGUGAACGACUGUGAGUCCAUCUCCGGUCACAUGUAUCGGAUGAGCAUGUUGACCUUUCUGUUGGAUGGCAGUGAGGGUCUCAAUCAGAUACGCUGCAUGGAGCUGGCGCUGGUGCAUGAUCUGGCCGAGAGUCUGGUUGGCGACAUUACUCCCUUUUGCGGUGUCUCCAAAGACGAGAAGCGUGCCAUGGAGUUCAAAGCCAUGGAGGACAUAUGCAAGUUGAUUGAGCCACGCGGCAAGCGAAUCAUGGAGCUAUUCGAGGAGUACGAGCAUGCGCAAAGUGCCGAGUCCAAGUUUGUGAAGGACCUGGAUCGCUUGGAUAUGGUUAUGCAGGCGUUUGAAUAUGAGAAACGUGAUAAUUGCCUGUUAAAGCAUCAGGAGUUCUUUGACUCCACAGAGGGCAAGUUCAACCAUCCGUUUGUCAAGAAGCUCGUCAACGAAAUCUACGAGCAACGCGAUCUGCUGGCCAAGGCCAAAGGCGCCACGCCGCCGCCGACAAUUAUAGUGCCUACCAUGGAACUCACCGCCGCCGCAUCAACGCCCACAAAUUUAGCCAAUGGACAAGGCAGCUCAAGUUGAAGCUUUGGGUGGUGACUUGGGGAUUUAAGUUUAGCACAUACACAGAUACACACACAAAUACACACAGUCACACAACACAUACACAAGCACCUAAAUGAUAAGCGUAUCCAACUAACAAAGAUUGUUAAGCCUACCUCGACACGCUCAUAGUUAGAAUUUAUAUUCAUAAAUAUAUAUAUAUAUAGA